AUGGCAGACCCACACGCAGCCUCCUCUUCCGCGGCGUCUCAGCCGCUAGUGAUGCCCCCGGAGCUCGAGCAGACCCUCACCGUCCUCACCUCCCACCGGUCCGUGCUUGGCUACAUGCUGCUGUCAAGAGGCCAGCCGGUUACGAUCAUCCGCCACUCUGGCGUCGUCUUCGAGGGCGAGCAGGGCAAGAAGUACGCGAGCGCGAUAGCGCGCAUCGUCCAGAGCGUCCAGGUCGGUCUUGAGGAGAUCACCAGCGGCCAGUCGGACACGGAUGAGAUCCGAUUCAUGAGGAUACGAACGAAACGCCACGAGAUUCUGAUCAGCCCAGACGAACGGUAUCUGCUCGCUGUGCUGCACGACCCCGCGACAUGA